AUGGGGCUUUGCUUGGCGGAGGCAGGCAUUGGGCCUCACCCAGACGUGACAGACCGCUGGGGCCGUGAGUAUUUCCUGAACUUUAGACUGGAGGACAUGGCAGCACAUUCGCCGGACACUGCCUAUGGCGAGCUUAUGCCGGACCCCAGAGCGAUAGAGAGCAAUGCUGCGAUCCACUGGCGCGGAAAAGCGCAUCUUUUCAUGCCCUGUUUGGGCAUCAACCGCUACUGGGCCUCGCCUUUCCCCAUCAGCUUUCACGACUACAAGGCAGCAGGGGGGCGUCAGUGGAGACUGGUAAGGUUCUCUUUAGCUGGUUCCGCUUAG